AAUCGCUAGUGCAAAUAGAUUCAGUGCCAUGGUGCAGAUUCUGGUAUCCCGGGAUGCGCAUGGACAACCAGAAGACUGGAUUUUGAUGGAGCUACAGGGGGAGAUAGAAGCUCGGAAACAAGAUGGCCUUGCUGGCAAGAUGAUGGGAGAUCUGCACUAUACCAAAGAGGGUGUCCCUCUGCUGCUUGUUGGACAUCACAUCCUGUAUGGCAAGAUGGUGCGCCUGGACAAGCCAUUUGCUGUUUUGGUAAAGAGCAGUGGUGACUCUUUGCAGGAAGUAGAUCCUACAAUGACUGAGUCAAACACUAAGUAUAAGGUGACAGCAUUGAUCAAGAAGAAAAUCAUCUUCAAAACACGACCCAAGCCCAUCAUUACUAAUGUCCCCAAGAAGGUGUGACCAGGAUGCUUACAUUUGUAGUGCAGAGAACCCAGCGAUAUCUGGCAUUUGGGCAGCUAACUGAAAAAGUGCCAUGGGCGUCCUUAUAGAUUAAGUACAGUAUAGCAUUUAAAUGAAAAAGAGAGCUCUAGCCAACAAAGAAAACUUUCAUAUGGAUAUGACUGACGGAAGAACAAUGUAAAGACUUUCUAAUGACAAUUUAUCCAUGUCACAUGUGCUGUGUAAAGGGAGUUUGUACUGGGAGUGAAAGUAUGGGUCUAUUUAUUCCAAGUCUUGCACAGCAAAUAAUUCACAAGAGAUUAGCACUGACAGCCCAUUUCAUUUAUUUAUUACAAAUUUCUUUUUAAUGCACAAAAAAUCAUAUAUAAAGUUGUUAAAUUCAUAUUACAAAAUAAAUAAAUAUUAAAACUGUACAGAAAAAGCUGUACAGCAAGCAUUGUAACAGUCAGUCCUCCUAACUGAGUUCCAUGAAGCAUAAAGAGAUCAUAUCUUGUGAGGACAUACUGCAUAUUUAUAAGUAACAGCUUCAGGAAUGAACUACACCACAGAGCCUCACUGUGAUGAUGUAGAACUUAAAGGACAAGUAAAGGCAAAUUCACUUGGGGGUGCCAAUGUGUUGGAUACAUUGAACAUCAUUGCUAACCUUAGUUUGCCCAUGGUGGUGUUCCUGCCUUUGUAACCUACGGUUUCCCCAGCGAUAGUCCUCAGGUGUCUUGGACACCACACAUUUGCAGUAGAGUAAAAAGUGGACUUCAACUUUAAAGUUGUGAUCUUUACUCUACUGCGCAUUUGCACAUGUAAAAUGGAGGAGCAACAUACCAGACAAGCACCAUGGACCGGUGCACUUUUCAGCAGACAGCGGCGUCGGCCUGGGGUCUAAGGUUUGCAAUGUUCACUGGGGGUGUCUAACACAUUGGUACCCCCCAGUGUAUUUACUUUUUCUUGUAUUGUAAGUAAAUUAUAACUACACCACUAAGUAUUUGGUUUUCGGUAGUUAUGUUUAAAGGGUAAACUAUGGCUAUUAUAGAGAAUUCACUAUGUUGUAGUUGGUAAUUAUAUUGUCUUUAUACUGUAUUUAUUCAUUUUUCUAUUUUUUUUUAUUUCAAUUUAUAUAUUUUGUGAUUCCUUAACCUAUCUUUUUUUUUUUUUUUCCUGUCUGCAACCAACACGAUUCAUGCUGUGAGUCACUGACAGAAUUCACCUGCACUAAUUGGCUGAUUCCAGCAUGAGCAAGCAACUUGUACUACUGACAUUCAGCAUGGUUGGGUUGUUUGCAAUAGGAAAGCACACUAAAAACUAGUUUAUAGGGCUCCUUUUACGCAAAGGUGCUAACUUGCACAAGUGCAGCCAGGUCACUGCUUUUCACUGUUUAAAACUUUGAGGCAUAUUCAUCAAAAUUCAGUCAGAUGCUGCAGUUUUUCAAGUUUUUUUGCUUGAUACAACUAACUAGGCCUCCCUUGAGCUUCUGAAUGAAUACAGGGAAUUGUAGUUCAGCAAAAGCACAAAAGCUUGCCAUUCCCUGAUCUAAGGCAAAUAUAUCCUAUAGAUUAGCCUUUCCAAAAGGCCAGUUCUGUUUCUGGGUAACAAGUGUGCUGUAAAGACAAGGUAAACUGUUUUUACUGAAGUGUCUAAGCUGCAUUAAUGUUUCAACCUUUUUCUGACUAAAGCUGUUUAAUAGGGGCACCAGUGGUGCUGCGAAUGGGCCCUGUAUAAGCAAGGAAUGCUUCUAGAUCUGUAGAAAUGAUUGCCCACAAAUCCCUGUACUUAGCCCUGUGAGCGUUUCUAGGGAUGUUUGAAAGCUGAAAUUCAUAUAAUUUUCCAGUGCUUUACAAUGUUGCUUUGUAUAAUUUUGUAUACAGUAAAUAGUGUAUUCUGCAAUUUUAGCCAAAGUGAGUCUGACCUGAUAAUAAAAGCACAUCAAAGAGUGAUGCAAACACCAUUUAUAGCCCCUGAGCAUGCCAGAGAAGCUUAAAUAGCACUGUAUUGCACUGCUGUACUAUAGCUAGGGAAAGACAUAAAGCAGGCAGGGGUGUAUAAUAAUGCAUCUCUUGAGCCAAGGUUAACCUUAGAUUGGUUCUCGUACCAUGCCUCUACUCAAGCAGCAAAUGUUUUUUACACAUUGUAUAAGUUUAUCCACCAUUCUCUGCUGGCAAAAGUUCCCAUGUCACCAUGCAAAGCCAUGUUUACUUACCAGAAAAUGUUUAAAUGUUGAAAUAAAUAAUUUAUGAAAUAA